AUGGAAAUUCCCUUUUACUUUCCAGAAAACGUUCAAGAAUUCGUAGCCGUCGGUGGCAACUCGUUUGUUGGGCUCGUUGACAAUACUACGGUUUUCAAGUAUCCACGCACUGUCGGAGAGAAAUCUGCAAUUGCAUCUUUACGAGUUGAAGCGCGAAUUUACGAGGCUAUAGGCCCUCAUGAUAGGAUUAUUGGGUUUCGGGGUCAAAAGGGUGAAGGUCUCUUGCUUGAAUACGCACCUCAUGGAUCCUUAGCCCGAUAUCUCACCGAACAUGCCGCAACAGAACAGCAGCGGCUCAAGUGGUCACGCCAAGCUACAGAAGCCGUUGCAGUCACUCACAGUAGAAGGGUUAUACAUUGCGAUAUCAAGGUCUCGAAUUUAUUGCUGGACACAGAAUUUAACGUCAAAUUAUGUGACUUCCAAGGACGUCUCCUUGGAUCGAAUGGCCAAAUCUUGAGCGAUGGAGGAUCGUCCGAGAAUCCGAAGUUUUUCAUGCCACGAGAUGACCCUACACCCGCCGACUUCAUUACAGAUAUCUUUGCUCUUGGCUCGACGAUAUUCCACAUUUUCCAAGGCCACGCGCCUUUUCCAGAGUUAGACUCUUUCUCCGACGAAGACGAAAUAGCCACAAAGUUCUCCUCUGGCCAAUAUCCAGCGCCGGACUGCACCUCUAUCCGAGAAGUGCUUCACAACUGCUGGAGCGCGAAGUAUAGCUCAGCAGAUGAAGUCUUGUGUGAUCUUCAGCAGAUUUGCGUAUCAGAGGACCAAUAG